GGGCACUCAAAUGUCAAGCGACAAGCAACGUCAUUAAUUGCCGCAUCCAAUAAGUCUUACCGGCUUUAUCGAAUUAUUAUCUGGGAUCUUUUAAAACAUUCUUCUAUCAAGAGUAAGCGCUGAGAACAUAGAAAACAGCAAAAUUUGACAACUUUUGCAGACAGCACUAUGGUCAAUUUUAGGGUGCUAGCCAGAGCAAUGUCGUCCGUCGCUAAGGCUUUCGAGGCGAAUGCUGUGGUCCCGGAUGUCGUACCUAAGGCACCGGAAGCUGAGGUUACGGUGAAGUACAACAGCGGGGUUGAAGUGAAUUUCGGCAAUGAGCUCACGCCGACCCAGGUGAAGGAUGUACCUGCCGUGAAGUGGAACGCUGUACCCGACUCCUACUACACUCUGGCUAUGACUGACCCUGAUGCACCAUCUCGCGCUGAGCCCCAGUUCCGCGAGUGGCAUCACUGGCUGGUGGGUAACAUCCUCGGCGGGAACAUCUCCUCCGGCGAGGUCCUGUCAGCCUACGUCGGCUCCGGACCACCACCAGACACCGGCCUCCACAGAUACGUGUUCCUCGUGUACAAACAACCAGGCAAACUGAGCUUCGACGAGCCCAGGCUUCCCAACACAUCGGGCGACAAGCGCGGCGGAUUCUCUAUCGCAAAGUUCGCCAAGAAGUACAACCUCGGUGAGCCGGUCGCCGGGAACUUCUACCAGGCCAAAUACGACGAUUACGUUCCCAUCCUGUACAAACAGCUGGGCAACUGAGUUAGUUGAUAAGAUUAAAAGUGAUCGCAUCUCCUAGUGAUGUAAAACCCCCUCCCGUGUUAUAAUCCAGUCCAUCCCUGGUACAUCCCUCACACAUCGAACCGUCUCCCGGCCUCACGGUGCAUACUUUAAUACCGUUGGAGGAAAAAGAUUUUGUUCUUUCAAAUAAAUUCUUCAUAACGCCA